AAAUAGACCUUGACACAAAAUUUUAUUGGGUUUUCUGCUAAACCCUAAUUGUCUCUUCCACUCUAUCGCCGCCGACGACAACAACAAUGGGUGCCAAGGCGAAGAAAGCUCUAAAGAAGAACAUGAAGAAGAUUUCUGCUUCGGCUGCUUCUUCUUCUCAGCAGCUAGCUGUUCCCCAGAACCCGAAACCAUCGGCUGAUUUUUUGCCACUAGAAGGCGGUCCAGCUCGCAAAGCUCCAGUGACCAAGCCUCUUGAGAAUAAAGCCACAGUGCUAUAUAUCGGUCGAAUCCCUCAUGGGUUCUAUGAGGCUGAGAUUGAAGCUUUCUUCCAGCAGUUUGGAUCAGUUAAGAGAGUUAGAGUCGCCCGAAACAAAAAGACUGGCAAAUCAAAGCAUUUUGGGUUCAUACAGUUUGAGGAACCUGAGGUCGCGGCAAUCGUAGCGGGUGCAAUGCAUGACUAUUUGUUGCUCGAGCACAUGCUUCAAGUCCAUGUCAUUCCACCAGAGCAUGUUAAGCCGAAUCUGUGGAAAGGGUUUAAGUCUCAGUACAAACCAGUGGAUUGGGUUCAGAUAGAGCGUAAACAACACAACAAGGAAAGAACACUGGAAGAGCAUAGGAAAAUGUUGCAGAAGGUAGUGAAAAGGGAUCAGAAGAGGAGAAAGAGAAUCGAAGCCGCUGGGAUAGAGUAUGAAUGCCCCGAGCUUGUCGGAAAUACUCAGCCAGUCCCCAAGAAGAUCAAGUUUAGUGAAGAAGACUAGGAACCAAAGAUGAGAAAAACACAUUUUCCAUAAGCUUUUCUUCUUGUUUUUGUUUGGGAUAGGAUCGGGUUCACAUUUGUACUUUUUACAUUGGAUCCAAAACUCAACUAUAAGUAUCUGAGCUAUUGCAAUGAAAUUUUAUGUUUGAACGAA